UUACCGUCGGCUUCACACUUUGAAGAUGGCAGCCAGUGAAAACACACCGACCGCUGAGGAUGAGAUCGCCAAAACCGACCAGACUGUUGAUGCAUAUGACAAGAAGUGUAUUUUCUGUCAAAUCGUGAACGGGGAGAUGGGAACGGAGCUCUUGCACAAUGAUGAGGAUGUGUCCUGUUUCAGAGAUAUACACCCUGGAGCUCCCCAUCAUUAUCUAGUGGUGCCAACCAAACAUGUAGGGAAUUGUAAAUCGCUUGGCAAGGAGCAUGUACCCUUAGUGGAGAAGAUGGUGGAGACGGGGAAAGAGAUACUUCAGAAAAACAAUGUUACCGAUUUAAAUGAUGUUAGGUUUGGGUUUCAUUGGCCUCCGUUCUGCUCUGUCACACACUUGCAUCUCCAUGUACUUGCCCCCACCAGUUUGAUGGGCUUCUUGUCCCGCUUCGUCUACAGAUUAAACUCCUAUUGGUUCGUCACGGCGGAUCAGUUACUCCAAAGGCUGAACUCAAUGAGCUAAAUGAAAUGUUUGGAAAACUCCAAUUACAAUUGUGUUUGCCCAGAGUCAUGUUACUCAUAACAAGAGUUCAAUUCAAUCUAUUCACGAUGAUGAAAUGUGACAGACACAUGCCUCAAGGCUAUAAUAUUCAUUAAUGCUGCGUUUGCUGGUUGUUAUAUUGUCAUUCUCUGCCAGACAGGCUAAUCAAAUUUGCUGCUGCGUGUGAAUUGUUUUGCCUGCUGAAUAAUAAUGACAUUGAUACGUUUGACAGAAACAUGAAUCUUUUGUGGUGAACACUGCAGUUACAUCCAGUUUUACUAAAAUAAUUACUUUUAAAGACACACAGCAGUGGCCAAGACUUUCUAAAUAUGGACGAAUGCUUAAGCAUGGCAAGUAGUCUCAAUUAUUGACUUUGGUCUCUCUGAAUAGCAGCAUGCCGGAACUAAUUUUGCAUUAGCACUGAAAUAUGAACGCUCUCAAAUAAAAUGGAAUGUUUAACUCUUAAGGUUUAAAAUAUGACGUAAUGAUAUUGUAAGGCCUGUAUGCCUUGGGUGUAUAUAAUUAUUUAUUGAUUAGGGAGUUUUAUUUACAUUGUAUGUAUAAACAUGAA